UACUUUUGAUUUUAGUGGUUGAUUUUAUGCUUUCUGAAUGUUUUCACUAGUUUGUUGUUUGAUUUACGAUAUUCAUUGAAUAGCCUAUUUUUUAGGUUUUUUUCAAUUCAUGGUUUUUUUUUUGUACAUUGCAGGCUAUUUUUAUUUAGGUUGUCUAAUUAUAGAUGUUUCUAUACAUAAGAUUUUGUGUUGUUCUAUUCUGAAGCUGAAAUCUUUAAUCACACUCACUUUUUUGUCGUUGUGAGUCACACUUGGCCUUUGACAUUGUAGUUUAAACUAAAUACAAGAGCUUGAACAUGUAAACCCAGCCAUGUUAAUGACUCCUCAAAAUGAAUUCUGUGUAAUUUUGUUUAUAAGGUGCCUUUUUGAAAUUGCCCAAAACCCUUGACAAUCUUACAACUUAUAAAGUUAUUUGCUAGAGAUUUUUGUUUUCUAUGACUUUUUUUUGGCUUAUCGGGGAAUUGGGUUUUUAAUAUGAAUGAAAAUGCAGUCAUUGUGGUUGGUAAUGUUCUUCUGGGUCUUGCAAAUACAUUUAAAAAUACAAAAAAAAAAAAAAUCAAAACUGGACCCGUUUUGGAUCCUGGAUCCGGUACUGGAUCCGCAAUAUCCGCGGAUCCGGAUCUGGGUCCUGCAAAAUUGGACCCGCGGAUCUGAAUCCGAAUCCAGGUCAAGAAAACGGAUCUGGAUCCGGGUCCACCUAGACCCGGUCCAGAUCCGACCCGUUGCCAUCCCUAGGCCCAGGAGUCUCACUUUCCCCCACAACCCAAUGAAGUCGUUUUUUUUUUUUUUUGAAAAUAGAUAAUAAAAAUAUAUAUAUUUGAUUUAAAAGAAUUAUUCACAUAGUGUACAAGAUUAUUAUCUUUGGAGGAGAUAAGGAUAGAUUCAGGCUGAAGAAGUAUUUUCCAGAUUGCCCACCUUACUGAAAAGUAAAGGAAGUUUAAAGGCGACGAAUCAUGUCCCAGCAACAAGUUGACGAAUUUGAUUAUAUGGUGGAUGAACAUGAUGCGGCAGAUUUGAUUGAUGAACUAGAAGGAGAUUUCUAUGCUAGAGAGGAUGGGAAUUUAGGAAUGGAGUUUGAUGAAAUGCGCAAGUGAGAUUCAGCAGUGAUCAUUGUAUGAUUGGAUUGGUUCUUUUGGGAAGUGGGUUAAUGUUCUCAUUCAACACAGUGUUGAGGAAAUUUCGAUCAAUUUUUAUAAGAAAAUUACAUAUUGGAACUGAUGUGAGUAAGUACAAUUUAUGUGCAUUCCUUAAUUCUUGUACAAAAAUCAGAAAUUGCCAAUUGGGUUUGCAAAUUCAUGCUAAGAUAGUUCAGUAUGGUCAUACAAAUAAUCUAAUAUUAAGUAGUGCACUUGUUGAUUUUUAUGCUAAAUGUUAUGCUAUUGAGGAUGCUAGGAGGAUAUUUGAUGUGCUGAAACAGCAUGAUAAAGUGUCGUGGACGUCGAUUAUAUACGGGUAUUCACAAUAUGGUUGUGGAGUUGAAGCGAAUAAGUUGUUCAAGAAGAUGUUAGAAAGUGAUAUAAAGCCUAAUUGCUUCACUUAUGUAAGUAUCAUUGCUGCUUGUAUGAGAGGCAAAGAGCCUCUCGACCAAGGCAAACUAGUUCAUGCCCAUGUUAUCAAGCUUGGAUUUGUGAAUCAAAGUUUUGUGGUGUGCUCUUUGAUUGAUUAUUACUCUAAAUGCAGAAACGUAGAUGGAGCUUCCUUGAUUUUCUAUGAAGCAAAAACCUGGGAUAAUAUUGUCUACAACUCAAUGAUUGCUUGUUACUGUCAGAACUUCUAUGUUGAAAAUGCAAUAAGGUUAUAUUUACAAAUGAGAAAUUGGGUUAUAAAUGCUACUGAUACCACCAUGACCAGUAUUCUGCACGCGGCUAGAAUGGUAUCAAAUGUUCAAUUUGGUAGGCAGGUGCAUGGAUUGAUAAUAAAACUAGGUUUCUUGACUAAUUUGUUUGUUUUGAGCUCUCUGAUUGAGGUGUACUCCAAAAAUGGAUUCAUUAAUGAAGCUCGAUAUGUUUUCGACCAAACCAUUGAGCGGAACAAUGUUCUUUGGACAUCAAUGGUUUCAGGGUAUGCUCGGAAUGGGAAAGCAGUGGAGGCGCUUGAACUUUUUGAUCAAAUGAUGGCAGCUGGAUUUGUGCCUGAUCAUGUUUGUUUUACUGCAGUGCUUAGUGCUUGUAACCAUGCUGGUUUUCUCGAUAGAGGUGUAGAACACUUCAAUAAGAUGAUAAAGUAUUAUGAUCUGUCUCCUACAUUAGAUGAAUAUGCUUGUUUGAUUGAUUUGUAUGCAAGACAAGGACAUCUAAGUAAGGCAGUUCAAGUAAUGGAUGAUAUGCCUUUUAAACCCAAUUGUGUCAUUAUGAGUGCUGUAUUGAAUAGCUGCAAAACUUAUGGUGCAGUGGAGUUGGGACGAGAGGUUUUUGAUCGGCUACUUUCUUUGCAGCCGCACAAUUCUGCUGCGUGUCUAACAAUGGCUCGUUUAUGCGCAGAAGCUGGCUUAUGGGACGAGGCUGCUAAUAUCAGAAAUAUGAUGAAGCCAAAAGGAGUGGAAAAAGGCGCUGCGUGGAGUUGGGUUGAUGCAGAUGAACAAUUGAGAUUUUCGUAGUCUGGUACAGUGUGCCUCCGUAUGUUGCUCGAUGGUUGUCUUUCGGGAUAUUUUGGGCCAAUUUGAACGCAUUAAUUGCAAAUUUAAAAAGCGAAUUAGCUGGUGAAUUAUGGUAUAGAUAUUCUUAACAAAGGCAGAGGGAAUUUGAAGUCUUGGAGCAAAUUAUUAUCAACUUCACUUAUGAAGCAACUGAUAUAAUUACCAUUUACCAAGGUACAAGAAUUUAAUUGCACUUUGCAUGCAGUUAGCAAUAUAAUUACAAGAAUGUCCCUACUUCAGGGGAUUCCAUAAACAAGGUUGGACAUUUGCCAAUCGAGGUUUAGGGUGCCUUGUAGUGUAUUGUUUCUUUGAAUACAUUAUAUGUUUGGUGUCUUGUUUAUUGACUUAUUUAGGUGUGAUUAGGAAUGGAAGUCAAAGGAUAAAGGUGGAAAUUAUUACGACUUCUUCUAUAAUUCGAGGUUUUUUGAAACCGACAUUAUUACAUUUUCAGGUUUGUAGCUUUCCGUUUUUCAGUACUGUUAUUUUGGAGGAAGAUAAGUGUGAAUCCUUUUAUUUGAUCGUCGUUGGGUGUUUACUCGGUGAUGGAUGUCUUUCCAUGUGGAGUGAACGUCGUGCUGUGAAAUUGUUGGGUCUUUAACUGGUGGUUAGGUGAUUUUUCCCCUUUUUCCAAUGACGGUAAUGAACGUGUUCAAUGCCCGUUUCUUGAAAUUGCUCCGGGUUCUGUAUCACAGUACUGCCUUGUCAUCGCCGUCCUUGGUCGACAGCUUUAGGAGUAGCACUUUCUUUAUGUGUCUUGUCCCUUUUAGAGUGCAUUUCUGUAUGUAUCGAACAUUCUUAUUAGAGUACUCAAACACCACCUUCACGGUGCCCAGUGCUGAAUGUUUGACAAGCAAUCAAUAUAAUCUUUAUCAAUGUGCUGGUUUGAACUAGUUAGCUACGAUCUUGAAUAAACCAAGUGACGUUCUGUCCCCUUUUU